CACUACUGAGUGAUUUGAGGUGUAUAUGACUACUAAUCGCAUCUAAUCAGUAAUAUGUAGUUUUAUAAAACAUGUCAAUUCUAACUAAUCAAGCUGUAAUAUAUUAAGUGGUCAUCAGGCAGGGAUUAUAUAAUAAUUUCACUAACCUGUAUAAAUCAAUUUCGGAAUACUACUUUUGCCUUGACUGGAUAUAUUUUCUCCCUAGUGAAUAACGAUGCACCUAUCGAAAGUUUGAACUCUGCAUCUAUGGCUUUCUCAGUUCAAAUCACCAGAAUUUUAACUGGUUACUCGAGUGAAAUGGCAAUACUUUGAUUUUGCUAUGUCAUUUACAAAUUAUGUAGAUCAAGGAAAAGCAAGAGUAGAUAGAACUGAGCUCAGCUACAUAUACCCCAAAAGAAUGAAAAUGCCAUACCCCUACUUCCUUCUGCACAGCAAGACUAUUGUGCAUAGCCUAACCAGUUCUAAACUACUCAUAUCAGUCAGCCAGUCAGUAGUAUCUACUAUCUUGGCAAUAUUGCUUGUCUUCUUUGAUUACCACUCACAAUAACAGCUAGAUCACAGUAUGUUAUCUAAAUAUUAUUUUUAAAUUAGCAAUGCUAAUUGUAACAAAAUAAAUUUUUCUAUGCAUAGUUAUAUAUAGCCUGUUCACAUUCAUUUCUGUUUUACUCAAUUUAUUUUUGCUGUCAAUUUUCUUCAACGCUCUUAACCACUACUUCGAAAAAAAGAACAAAAUAGUUGGAAAGAAUUUCUAAAUAUAACUAAUUACAUGUCUGAAGUUCAUGAUAAAUUGUUUAUCUGUAGAAUCAGAGAUUAACUAUUUUGGUAUUGAAAGAAUAAUGUAGAGAAAAAUACGGUUUUUUUGUCAAUAAUUUAUACAUUUAAAUAAUUCUGUCUGUUCAAUGAUGAAUAACUGGACUGACCCAAAUUACACUUAUCUACUUUCGUAAUCGUAAGGAAUUUAAUUCAAGACUAUUUAUUUAUUCGUCAUUUGUAUAACUCUUUUGGCAUAAACCAUAAUACUUCAUUUUAACUAAUUUCUCAUGGAAGUGAUGUAUAAAAUUCGUUGUAUGUACACGCAUAUACUACUGAAAAUAAACUAAGUAGUAUAGAGUGACGUCAAUUUGUUUCAUAGGAGUUCAUCAGUUGAAAAUAACAUACUUCAGUGUCUCAAUAAUAGUAGAGAAAACAAAACAACAGUGUCAGUUUGUAAGUCCACUUAUUGACUCGAGAAAGUUAUAAGCUGUAAGAGUGACAUGUGCUUAAUGAGCUGCAAUCACUAAAUUACAUAACUAACCAGUGUAUUUAAAAUGCAGUUACCAAGGGAGUGAGAGAUUGAUCACACUCUCUUUAUGUGAGAAUAAGUUCGUUUUGAAACGUUUGAUUGCGAUUGCCUCAGUGAAUCCUAGUAAAUUUUCUUCUCUGUGUAUAUUUAUAAUAUGAAAACUUUGGAAAUCUGGACAACAUGCUGCGUAUCCAUAAGGUGUUUGGUAAUCCCAUUACGGAUAAGAUCAUAUCGAGUUCUAUUGAUAUGAUUAUGAGCAAUAGUUUGUGCUCGAAAUGUCAGCAGUUAAUAUUACUGUACAAUACUGUGUGGUUUAUCAAAAUAAGAUCUUAUCCAUAAUGGAGUUAUACUCUACCACAGUGGCCAAGUUCUGUACUUAUAUCAGUGUUUGGUAAUUGCACUCAGUAAAUAUCUUUUUCAUUUCAGGCAAUAGUUUCUGUGGAAAGCCGGUGCGAUAGAUGGAAAAGUCAUCUAGAUUAUACAUUAGCUUCACUAUAAUAGGAGAAAAAUUGCAUGAUAGAGUUAGGGGGCUAUGAUGACUCAACAGGAUAGAAGAAGAAAUAGGUUUUAUUGAAAAUUGCCUAAAGAAAAACGGAUAUCCGAAGGAAUUUAUCCUGAACUAUCGCAUAGAAAAAAAACUAGAAAAUGGAAUGCCCAACUAUUCAAAAGAAGAAAGUGUUCACCAGUAACCCAUUCUAAGGAGAAGCAGUAUAACAAAAAAUUAACAAAAGAAUGAAAAGAGCAAUAAAAGGAUGCUUCCCCAUAGCUAACCUCGUAACACUAAAUAGCACCAUAUGCUGACUAAGCCGAUCGAAACUGGAUAAAUACCCUCCUGAUGUCACCACCAACUGGUUUGUAAACUUACAUGCACUUGUGGUAGCAAGUACAUUAGAAAGACAAAAGGAGGGCUUUUAUCCGGUUCCCUGAGUAUAUUCUAAGAAACUUAUGCUCAAAAAAAGAAGCAGAUAUUUAGAAAGCGAAAUUACCAGACACCUUGUCGAGAUUUCCAAAAUUUUCAAAAUAGUAAAUAUACACAGGAUAGUAAAUUUACGAAGAUUCACUGGAGCAAUCGCAUACAAACCAUACUUAUGCAUACAGGAAGAUAUUGAGAUUAGUCUCUCGUUUACCUUUGUUUCCUACUUGGAAAGGCUUACUUAUCAGAUGCCUUGACCUUAUUGUGUAACAUUUUCUCUGUUACCAUUCAAACAAUGAAUUAUGUUAUUCUUGUUAUAUUGUAAUCAUUACAACCCUAAAGUAGUCUAUAGCACCUAAUGAAAAGCUGUGAAAUGGAGUGACGUCGAGGUUUUACCACAAAUUUGUUCUGUCUUAAUUGAAAUUUAUCAAGGAAACUAUGUUUGUGAGGCUAAGAAGGUUUUAACCUUAAAAGCUAUUCGACUACCAUUGAUGCAAAUUUAAGCUGUACAAAUCCACACAGACACGAAAUAUGCAUUGAAGCAGAAACACUCAUUAGUCAAAAGAGUAAGAAAUGACACCUUGGUUACCCUAUAUUGUUAUUUUUUCUGAAAGGGAAAGGGGAAAUCUAUAUUUAAGGUCAUACAGAAUUGAUUUCAUACAAGGUUAACAUUCCUAAAUAUGGAGAGAAAUGCACGCAUGUGCGUAUACAUGUACGCACACACGCACGCAUGCACACUUACAGACACACACACACACAUUCAGAAAUGGGUAUCCGUGCAAUUUAUUAUCAUUAUUAUUAUCUCUUAAAAACAUGGAAUAAUUCCACUUUCUGCCUAUCUGAUUUUUUUUCUUAUUCAAUUAUAAACAUGAAUGCUGCAUGUUACCACAUCAAGUGACACCAUUCUUCACUUCGUUUUAUCUUACUUAGCAUACAAAAACGAGUGGGGGGUGGUGGUGACAAGAAGGUGAAGAAAACAUGUGCUUAGGCAACAAAAUAAAAAAACACAACAAAAGAAGAAAGAAUAGGACUCGUGGUGUGCAUUGUGUUUUAUUUUGCCUCUUCUCCUCGGUUUGGUUUGAUUUAACAGUUCAAAAUUUUGUAUAAGAUAUUUUUUAGAGCAAAUGUAACUAUAAGCCUAUACAACAAAACUAUUUGUUAACCUCAGUUUAUGGUGAUAUGUCUCUUAUGAAUGGUGAAGGGUACUGAUGCUUCUUAAAAGUUUAAGGGAUUAAUUGUCAGUCAUAGUAUUAUCUUCUUAUAUUAAUAUUAACAAUAUUAACCUUAUUGUUUAACCAAGUUCCUUUUUAGACCCAAUACAUUUUACCAGAAUUUAUGUUCAUUUAGAAAGUUCGUAAAACAGAUAUGUUGGUUUAGAAAUAUGUAUGCAUGCAUAGAUAGAUGGAAGUAUAACUCACCAUAUCACGGGAUGGCAAAGUGGUUAGUUAGGAUUUUGGAACCUUUGCACAAAGAAAUCGUGACAUAUAGAAUUAGCGAUUUCUUUGACUUCAUGUCUAAAAUAUCUGAGACUAAUUAAUGUUAGUAAUAUACAUAUGUCAUCCAUGGAUGUAUUAUCAUUACUUGCGAACGCACUACUUGUUGAAACGAUAAAUUAUAUACACAAUUAAAUCACUGAAAGGCUAAUGGAUUUGUGAAUUCCCCGUCUAGCCUCAAAGAACUGCUCCUUAAAUGCACGAUGAACGUACACUUUGUCUUCAGCAAUACAUACAACCGACAAGUGGAUGGAAUCGCUAUCGGUUCAUCAUUAGGCUCGACUUAGCAGACUUUUUCCUUGCAAAGCUUGAAAACAGGGGAUUGGAAGACAGAUGUCAUCAAUCAUUUGGACAUCUGUUACCGUAAUGUCUAUGAUACAUUUAUCUUAGUUAAUUAAUGAGAAUGGAAAUAUAGGUAAAUUGUUGAUGAAAUUUAUUAAUGUUCACCCUUUAGCUUACUUUCACUCGUGAAGAAUAUCAGGAUGGCAUUUUCUGAAUGUCUUGGUAAGUAGGCGAGAAGAUAGGUCACUUGAGAGAAGCAUGUAUAGAAAGAAAACAAUUACAGCAGGUCAAUACACGCACUUCUUUAGCUAUGUGCCCGGUAAGUAUAAAAGAAGUGUUGUUAAGUGUCUCAUGGGCAGAGCAACACUUACAAAAGGAAUUUGAAUAUAUUCAUGAUUCCCUGAGUGGAUUCACAAGGAGACAUAUGAACAGAUUAGACAGAAAGUCUGAGACGACGGCGGUAUGGAAGAAGCCAUUAUUUGUUCACUUACAAUUCAAUAGGCAUUUAACAAGUGAGAUUUUAUUCCAGAGAUUAACCAGUAGUAUAUGGAGGAGAAGAUUUUACGCAGCGAACCUUUUUGUUAUUUCCUAGUUGACGGACGAUUGGGACUCCAAUAAGGAAUAAUAAGCUAAAUAGUUACGUCAAAUAUAUGUUUAUUUAUCAUUUCAACUGUUCCUGUGAGUGAAGUUAUGUUGGGCGUGCUACCAGAAGACUCUUAGCCGACGUGUUAAUCAAUGUAUCUUAUCCUGGCUUGAUAAAGGAGAGACAGAAAUCAUCCAUAGAUCCGGUUCGUCAUAUUUAUUUUGGUAGUGGUCAUUCAGUGGAGAAAACACUUGUCAGAAUGACACCUAACUUGGUGACUACAUUAUGAACUUGGCUGAUAGAAUUCAGUCAACACCAAUACCAGAAUUAGGUGUAUGACGACCGAUUCGUAUAUAUGUCAUAGUUCUACAAGAGGUCAACUGUGAGCCUGAAUAGCUGAGUAGUGAGGUCUAUUACCACAGGACUGCGUGACAACGAUUUGUGUUUCAGAAGGUUGUAGAUACUCCUCUCUGACGUGUGGCGCUAAGCCUAAAAUCAAAGUCCUGGGCUUCCUGUCAGUUACUUUUGACCAACUGAUGGUUAUUAGUAUUCCAUCUUUGUAGAUUAUAUCGAAUUUACUUACCUAAUAUGAAAAGAAGCGAUUCUUAAAUAUUCCUAAGUGUCCAUGCAGCUUACAUUGAUUACAAGUAACUUUAAUGGAUACACAACCUUCAUUUGAAUGCAGAAUUCUUGUUUUACGGGACAAAUUUUCUCAAUUUCUGCAUUUUAAUCCUUCUUUUAAAAAUUUUUUUAUGCAUUAUAAAGAAGACGUUUAUCCAACAUCUCUCUAAAUUCACACUACUUUUUUUCCUUCUAAAAUUUAAUCAUAACUGAACCUGUUUUUAGAAUGGAUAGCUCAUUUAAUUUAAGGUUUCUGUUUUUUUGAUUGGACCAUAAUUAGUAACUUGUGUUACGCGUCUAGUCAUUUGUUUAGUGCAGACUGAAUUCCACAUUCACGUUUGUAAUUUGGCUACCAAUCGUGUCGGCAUCAAACAAAGGAGCAGGUACAUGACACUUGUUACUAACUAGUGUCUAAUCCAAAAUAUCCAAUACAAUCCCACAGGAGGUCAAUCGUGAGCCAGAAUAGCUCAGUCAUAAAGUCACUGACUGCAACACUGGGUAACGUGGGUUCGAGUUUCAGAAGGAACAUGAGUUCCUUCAGGGUUGCAUUUACGCCUUGCUGACUGGUGACUGCCAACUAGCACGAAACCCAGAUCGGGUAAGCCUUCCAGCCGAUUGCUUCCAACCAUCUAAUACCAACAAUUCAAAGUUUCUGUCCCGUUUUGUUCUCUGUAAGUGUAGUGGACGGGUGAUUUAUCACUCCAGCUGUUUGUUAGCUACUUAUAUCUUGUGUAAGCAUUCUCACGGCAGUGUGAAUAAUAUUGUUUUAUUCAUUGAAGGUAUCUAUUAUCAUAAAACGUUCGCGUUAUCUGUAAUUCGUGGAUCUCAGAACGUGACAUUGUAUUCAGAACAAAAAACCCUCUUCAGACUCUAUCAUGUCAUUUAGUCGUUCAACCAGAUCAACAACCUAUUCUUAUCAACAACAACCGCAACCACAUCACCAACCUGAUGCACUGGACAGAGAAUCGUUAGCUGCAACAAAAAUUCAAGCUGGUUAUCGUGGUUAUCGUACACGUAAAGAAUACGAGAAUCUAGUUCAUACUUCUCCACGUCAUAAUCGAUCAUCUGGUAAUGACAGCUAUAGUAUGAGCAUGUCACCACAGUCGCCAGCAAGUAAUUAUUGUGAUUUAGAUAAUGCAGCGACACGAAUUCAAGCCAGUUAUCGUGGAUACUUAACCCGAAAAGCUUUAAGAGAUGAUAAUAUGCCUAAGCACACAACAGUGUCAUGUACAAAGAUGCCGUCGACAACUGCGAUAGGAACAACAGGCCGAUAUCCUGCAUAUCGUGAAUUAGGUGGACAAAAAUCACGUCAUAAUGUUAGUGAUGUCGAUGAUGAUGAUGUUAAAGUGAAAGCGGUGACAAAAAUUCAAGCUGGUUAUCGAGGUUAUAAGACACGAAAAUCUUUAGCUCCACUAUUACAUCAUGAUGAUCGAGAAAAUCCUAUUCUGAAUAAAGAAAAUGAUAAUUUCUCCUUUAGUUGUCGUGGAUAUACACCAACAAUGCAUGAAAGAAGUCGAAAUGUUCACAGUUCAUCAAUGAAUUCACAAACUGUCACCUAUGAUCCUGAGUCAGCAGCUACUAAGAUUCAAGCAAUUUAUCGUGGUUACAAAACACGACAACACUUGCCAAAAUAAUACAACCAUUACUACUGAAAACAGUAGUAAUAAAUCAUGUUACUGACCAAUCAUUCAACUAUAGCUGUUUUAUGUCAUUAUGAUGGAUACAUCUAAACUCCAUCCUUGUUUCUUUUCAAUCUAUCAUUUGAAACCAUCACAACACUCCCAUCCCGUCCAGCCGCCCCGCGUUAUAUUUCUUUCAACAUUUCCUUACAUAACUGACGAAAGAAUUCACGGCAAAACAAGUCACCUUAUGCAUGCAAAACCCCAUCAACUCUUCUGCUAUUGCCUCUGCAUUGCAUAUAUAAUUUUCAGUUUAAUUUACACAUUUGUUGAUUCUGAUUUGUUUAAACUGAGACAAAAAAGUUUGGUGUAAAUUUUGAAUUUUAUUUUCGUCUUUUCGAUUGCUUUCUUCAAUAAAAAAAUAUUCGGCUAACAAAGUAAGGAUGUGUUUGUUUCAACAGCAAAUAUAUUAAAAACAAGACAAAUGUAUACCUUUUGAUUUUCUCAUCUAGUCAAAAAAGAAUCUGUACCUGUCACAUGUAAUAAUUUCACAUUUAGCUUUUGUUGUGGUCUUUGUCUUGUUACUUUCUGUCUCUUUUGUUUGGUUGAUUUCGCUUUAAAUAAUCAUUCAUUUUAUAGUUCA